ACACUGUCUCUAAGGACUUUAAAAAUCAAAGUAUGAAAAUGUUUAUUACCAUCACGUGGGUAGCUGUUUAUGUUGCAGUGUUCCAUAUUGGAAGCAGUCAUUGUGCUGUCAAGGUGUUGAGAGACCUUGGAAAGAUGAAGAUACAACCUCUGUAUAUGAACGUUUCAAUCGACGAGGCCCAGCAAUUUUCUACCUACUACGGACGAUUUCGCGGUCCCUCUGAUUCUGUAUAUGGUCCUGUCUAUGAUUUCUGUGAGGACGAUUUACAGUUGUUGAAAUUUGCGAAAGUGUCUGAUUCAGGAACCUUUUCGGAGUUCGAAGUCAUCAUGCGAUUACAAGUUUAUGGCGGGACUUGUUGGUUCUCCAUUAAGUCAGCAUCUGCAUCAGAAACAUACACACUUUUCUUAUACCCUAGCCAUACCUUCGUAUUAGAAAAAAAAUUAAGCCUACAAAAUAGAACACAGACCGAAUUUAUGGAAUCCAGUUGCAAGAUUGAGGUAACUAGUUCAAAUACAGAUGAAGUCACCAUUCGGUACACAGCUGCUGUUCAUGAUUGCGGCCAAGAAACUGAAGUUCUAAAUUCGAAGUACUUUGAUAUAUUGAUAAAUAAAAAUGGCAAGACUAAAGAAAUUUCUGGAUUGUAUAAUGAAGCUGGCAGAAAUUAUUUCAAUUAUGUAUCUACUUCCGAAAAGUUUGCAUUUGCAUCUGAGAAUUCCUAUGCAAUAUUUAACGAGGGCAACAUGGCCGCCGAUGGUGUUAAAAUUGACGGCUUUAAUUUUACGAUGAUGAUUCACGAUUUCCCUAAGGCAGAUUAUUAUCCCGUCUCUGUGACUCGUAUCUGGACUUUCACUAUCAUUUAACAGAAAUGGGCAUAUAAAAAGUUACAAAAGUUCAUUCUUAAAAUAUGAAAUAAAGAUUUUUUUUGAAAAUCUUAAA